AUGGCAUGCCCAGGACAAGCUGCAGAACUAGGAGUUUCAGUCUUUGUGCAUGAGAUGGGGAGAACAGCGGUGACUGCCCGACUCUUCAUAGAGGCAUGCGCUGGGAGUUGUCGACUUUCCAGGGCGGCCGCUGCGGCUGGAAUUCCCACAUGGAGCUUUGAGGUCACCCGCGGUGGCCCCAAUGAAGACAUCUUGCGGCCUGAGUGUCUAGAGCUGCUGCUGUCAUAUAUCAGGAAAGGCUUGGUGGCCUGCUUGUGGCUUGGGCUGACAUGUGCCAGCUGGUCUCGGGCAAGGCGUGGAAAGCGACGAGGCCUGAUUGACCCAGCAGCCCGAGGCCUGAGUGCACGGCCAAAACGUGGAGGGUUUCCAGCUCCUCUGCGCAGCCGUGAGUACUUGUGGGGGCUUCCUCGGUCUGAAUUGACGACUUCAGAGCUCAAGAAGCUUGACCAUGGCAAUGCCCUUGCCAAGUGGGCCAUAAAGGUCGUGAAGGAGGCCCGAAAAUAUGGUACGACUCUUAUUGUGGAGAACCCCCGCACAUCAUGGAUAUGGGAACUGCCCGAGUUGAAGGAGCUCAUGUCUGGGCCUGACUUCAACUUCGGGACGUUCCACCGCUGUCAGUUCGGGCAACCAUGGAAGAAGGCAACAUCACUGGCAAUGUGGGGGAAGUUCUCCGGAGGGCCUGGGCAUCUUGCCAAGAUCUUGCGCACGUGCAAAAGCCGGCGUUGCAGUGUCACUGGCAAGAAGCAUGAGCGAUUGCAAGGUUUUGUGACCGGCCCCAAAGCCAAGGGUAAGACCAGCUUCAAAACGAGUCAGGCUGCCGCCUACCCACAAGAGUUUUGCAAAGCUUUCGCACAACUUCUGGUGGACAGUCUGGACAGAUGA